AAGACUGAAAGUUCCAGUUCGAGGAAAGUAUCCUCCUUACAGCUUCUGCCGACUUCAUUUGACUUCUGCCAAGAUGGAUACCGAAAAAGGCACCUACCCCGAACGACAAGCCGUCCCAAGCCAAGAUGGGCACGAUACCGACCACUCGAGCGAGGACCAUGCCGCGGAUUCCGCCCCGAAAGUGGAGGAGCAGACGUACAAUGAUAGAAAGGCUUGGAUUACGGUCGCUGCAUCGUCACUGACCAUGUUCGUCUAUCUCGGUGUCAUCUACUCCUGGGGCAUCAUGCAAGUCAAGCUUGUCGAAACCACGGAUUCAAGUCUGACCACUUUGACGUUCGUCGGCUCAUUGGCGACCUCGUUCAUGAUUUGUUUCAGUAUUUUCUCCGACAAAAUCAUAAGCAGGAUAGGAUACCGGCUGGCUGCAUUGAUUGGAGGCAUCUUCAUGGGGUUGGGCGAAGUCCUUGCAAGCUUUACUACUCACCAUGUUGUCGCCUUGUUCUUCCUACAUGGUCUUGUAUUUGGUCUUGGUGGUGGAUUGUGUAUUUUUUCUGUCUCGACUGCUCCGAUGGGUCUAUUCAAGAAACAUAAAGCACUGGUCAUGGGUUUUGUUUUCGGUGGUGGCAGCUUGGGUUCUGCCAUCAUGAGUGUCGUGACCAACUAUCUUGUCAAGGACUUGGGUGUUUCCUGGACAUUCCGCAUUCUUGGUUUCGUUCUCUGGGGCAAGACCUCUCGUCAACUACAAUGGUAUCGCUUCAAGGAACCUCGCUUCCUCCUGCUCGUUAGCGGCACGGUACUUUCUUGUUUUCCACUCUUCAUUCCUCCUUACUUCAUUCCGAUCUUUUCGAGAUCGAUGGGCUACACCAAGGAGAUCGGUAUCAUCAUCCUCGCCUGCUGGAACUUGGCUUCAACUUUAGGCCGAGUCGUCGCCGGGUGGGUUGCCGAUACCAUUCUGGGACCAGUCGAGAGUCUGGCAAUCUGCAUGCUCUUCAUGGCCCUCAGGUCUCUCAUCGUGUGGCCCCUGUCAUCAUCAAUCGGCAUCUUCUCUGUAUAUCUCAUCUUCAACGGCAUCGGAUGCGGCGCAUUCUUCAGCCUCACGCCCAUUGCCGUCAGCGCCACAUUUGGUGGAAAGAAUACACUCCGCAUCAUUCCUGUUGUCUGGACGACGUGGUUCUGCGGUUUCUUCUUCGGCACACCAAUUGAUUCUGGCCUUUACUCCAUCUCAGGUGAUGUUGAUGGGCUUGAAAAGUUUCGCCCUGCCGCUUACUAUGCCGGGGCAAUGGCGUUGGCUGGCUUUGCAUGUGUUUCGGGAAUAAGAUUUGCUCGCAAAACAGGGACUACAGAGAAGUCUUAA